GAAAGUGGAUGGUGGGAGCCACGGGCUGGGGGAAUUAGUGUUUCAUGGGGACAGAGUUUCCGUUUGGGAAGAUGAGAAAGUUCUGAAGACGGAUGGAGGCGGUGGCUGCACAGUAGUGCUUAAUGCCACCGAGCUGUACACUUAAAAGGAGCUUCUUUGAGUCACCGCAGCCCAAGCAAAGGCCUAGAGUCGGGACCAAGCCUGGGAGAGCAAUUGUCUGGAGCACAGACUCCGCAUCAGGCUCCCGUCCCUGGCAACCACUGGCUCCGUGACUCUGAGCUGGUGACCUUAUCUCCCGAGGCUGUUUCCCCACCUGCUAGAAGGGCCAGUAACAGCCACCCUCCUCAGGAGGAGGAGAGGGCCGGGGUCAGGAGGGGACACAGAUCAGCAGUGUUGGGCACGAGAUGCUGCUGCUGCUGUUAGGACUCUUCUCGAGGGCAAUGGGGAGCCAUGGUGUAUUCUUGAGCAGGGAAGGGACAGAUAGACAUGAAUUUGUGGGGCUGGGGAACUACCCUAUUGAAGCUGCCGUUGCCUCCCCACUCCACAGAGAGCGUGUUGAGGACCGACAGGCCGUCUAAGAUCAUCAAACUGGACACCGUGCGGGUGAUCGCGGAGAAGGACAAGCACGCGCUCCUAGACGUGACACCCUCGGCCGUGGAGCGCCUCAACUACGUGCAGUACUACCCCAUCGUGGUCUUCUGCGCCCCCGAGAGCCGCUCGGCCCUCAAGGCUCUGCGCCAGUGGUUGGCGCCGGCCUCCCGCCGCAGCACCCGCCGCCUCUACGCUCAAGCCCAGAAGCUGUGGAAGCACAGCGACCACCUCUUCACAGGUAGGAAGGGAUCGGGAGCGGGGGGAGGCUGGGGGUCUGGCCUGA